UCGUCACAGAUAUCAGCGCGAGCGGCGGCGACAGUGCAAGAUCCAGCCCGGAGCCAAGCGAAGCUCACGCGGCCUCACUGAACCCUAUUCUCCGCCAAUUUACACCAUAAUCAUAAAACAACGGGACGGGCCGCUAGUGCACUGUGAGUAGGAAACGCCAUUUACCACACAAACAAGUCGGCCUGUGUAGGUUUCGGACUGCACGUUUAACGGAACAUUGACUGGGGAUUAUUUUCUUCGGUACGGUUAAGUGAAGAGAAGACCUACCUUUCAGAAGACCUGGUUCCGCGCAAGGGUUCGCAACAAUUUGUACCAGUCAAUUAUAGCGAGAAGCUCUUGCGGGCAGCUACCAAUGUUUGCAGAUAUCCUUUCUUCCUCCAUUUGAACUGACGCCGGAAGAUCUGGGAAUACCAAUUCUGUUCACCGUUUACGUGUGUUCAAAAGGAACUGUUUCUUCCCCUGAUUUGGUCGCUCCUCGUUCCACUACAUCAAGAGACACAGGGAUUGCUUGCGGACGGAAUGCGCCUCUCCUAGAAGUAGUUUAAUCGUGUUGAAGAACGACUGAAUUCGUGUUAUCUUCCAAAAGGGGGCAUGUCGAACUAAGGCCUCAGAAGUGGGAUCGCUCGAGCUCCUCCUGUCAGCUGGAGCUCCCCCGUGAUUGGACGGGAGACCAGUUUGCUCCGCCCACCCCAUACACACCUGAGCACGCAUGGAAGAACAAGAGCAGGAAGCUAGUGAGCCAUGACAGGCAGCAGUUGGACAGCGGCCCCAGAAAUAGGAGUGACACCAUCUGAAGCCUUCAACAGCUCAGUGCACUUCUAAAGAAGAGAGGAGGAGAGAGGAUGAGGAGGUUUGCCUACUGUAAGGUGGUGUUAGCCACAUCCCUGGUGUGGGUGAUGCUGGACAUGUUCAUCCUGCUCUACUUCAGCGAGUGCAGCAAGUGUGAUGACAAGAAGGAGCGAGGACUACCUGGGAGAGAGUCGGUGGUGCAGAGGUCCCAUGAUGGUCCAGGGGAGAUGGGCAAGGCGGUGGUCAUCCCCAAGGACCAGCAGGAGAAGAUGAAGGAGAUGUUCAAAAUCAACCAGUUUAACCUGAUGGCCAGCGAACUCAUCGCCCUCAACCGCUCCUUACCAGACGUCAGGCUAGAGGGGUGUAAGAAUAAGCUGUAUCCUGAUGAUCUCCCUCGCACAAGUGUGGUGAUUGUGUUUCACAAUGAGGCCUGGACCACCCUACUGCGCACCGUUCACUCUGUCAUCAACCGGUCACCACGGAAACUACUGGAGGAGAUCGUGCUGGUGGAUGAUGCCAGCGAAAGAGACUUCCUGAAGCGUCCGCUGGAGCAGUAUGUGCGUAAGCUGGAGGUUCCGGUGCGGGUGGUGCGGAUGGAGCAGCGCUCUGGCCUGAUCCGGGCGCGGCUGCGCGGGGCAGCGCUCUCCACCGGCCAGGUCAUCACCUUCCUGGACGCCCACUGUGAGUGCACCACCGGCUGGCUGGAACCCCUGCUGGUGCGCAUCAAAAUGGACAGGAGGACAGUGGUGUGUCCCAUCAUUGACGUGAUCAGUGAUGACACAUUCGAGUACAUGGCCGGCUCUGACAUGACCUACGGAGGCUUUAACUGGAAGCUGAAUUUCCGCUGGUACCCAGUGCCCCAGAGAGAGAUGGACAGGAGGAAAGGGGACAGGACCCUGCCAGUCAGGACUCCCACCAUGGCUGGGGGCCUGUUCUCCAUAGACAGAGAUUACUUCCAGGAGAUUGGCACUUAUGACGCUGGCAUGGACAUCUGGGGUGGAGAGAACCUGGAGAUAUCCUUCAGGAUCUGGCAGUGUGGUGGGACACUGGAAAUCGUGACCUGUUCUCACGUUGGUCACGUGUUCCGUAAGGCCACACCUUAUACAUUCCCUGGCGGAACUGGACAGAUCAUCAACAAGAACAACAGACGGCUGGCCGAGGUGUGGAUGGACGAGUUCAAGAACUUCUUCUACAUCAUCUCACCAGGAGUGACUAAGGUGGACUACGGGGACAUCUCGUCACGUAGCUCUUUGAGGCAGAGACUGCAGUGUAAGCCCUUCAGCUGGUACCUGGAGCAUAUCUACCCUGACUCUCAGAUCCCACGUCACUACUACUCACUGGGGGAGAUUCGUAACGUGGAAACGAACCAGUGUUUGGAUAACAUGGCACGAAAGGAGAAUGAAAAAGUGGGGAUAUUUAACUGCCACGGCAUGGGAGGCAACCAGGUGUUCUCGUACACGGCCAGUAAAGAGCUGAGGACCGAUGACCUGUGCCUGGACGUCUCCAAGCUAAACGGCCCGGUCAUGAUGCUCAAGUGCCACCACCUGAAAGGCAACCAGUUGUGGGAGUAUGACCCUCUGCGGCUGACUCUGGUGCAUGUGAACAGUAAUCAGUGCUUGGACAAGGCCUCGGAGGAGGACACGCAGGUGCCCAGCGUGAGGGACUGCAGCGGCAGCCGCUCCCAGCAGUGGCUGCUCCGCAAUGUCACACUCCCGGAGAUGAUCUGAGCGCGUGCGCACGUGCACAUACACGCACGUGCAUGCGCGCAACCCACGCCCACGCCGGGGAGACAGGGUGACCAAGGAGAGAAAGGAAGAAAGAGAGAGAGUGGGAGAGAUUUAGGACUGAGAUGUCUUGAACUCCUCUUUUUUUCCCCCUUCGGUGAUGGAAGAACAGAUCAGCCCAUUAUUUCACCCGAUAGAUAGAGAGAGACGGAGAGAGAGACUCUGUCGUUCGGUCGCUGCAAAGAGAGACAUCAGUUUGGUGCGCUCAUCGUCCUCCAAAGAGGAGCAUAUCAAUUAUGUUUACGAGACAGCCUUCCUUUGUGUGUGUGCGUGUGUGCGUGUGUGAGAGAGAAGUGAUAAUGUAUGCUGGAGUGUGUGUGCAUGUGUGUGCGUGUGUGAGAGAGAGAGGUGAUAAUGUAUGCUGGAGUGUGUGUGCAUGUGUGUGUGAGAAGGGGAGAGAGCGGAAGAGUCUCUUCCUUCGGUAUUUUUUAUUUAAACCUUUUUAACAUUUCAGAAGGAGAAGAGUGAGCAGAAAUGAAGUGUGUGUGUGUCCGGGUGUGUGUCCGGGUGUGUGUCCGGGUGUGUGUGUGUGUGUGUGUGUGUGUGUGUGUGUGUGUGUGUGUUGGUGAAAUGCUAUGGAGACUUGCUCAUGAGAUGGACUGUGCAGGCCCCAGUGGACCCCUCCACUGAGCGAGGGCCAGUGGGGAGCUGAAGGACCUCCACACCAGAGGAACGGCUCCCCCUGUUGCUGGCACACAGAACUGCUAACCGGGUGACCUCACCUGUCAAUCAAACUCGAAUCCGCAGGAAGGCCGCCCAACCUGAGGAACUCAAAGCGUUGAUCAUCAGUUAGUUAAUCAAUCAAGCUAAAAUCACUGAUCAUUACACAAGGUGUCAGGCUCUGGACUAGUCCAGGACAAGAAUGACCCAAGCGGCUGGAUGGGAGCACUUCCAUAUUCAUGUGGAUGUUUGUUUUUCUGAGGUUUGUUUUUGUAAGUUACUGAUUUGGUGUUGAUGCCAGUGCCACGUAAGUGCUCAUAGUUUUGAUUUCAAGUGUUAACGUUGAGCUUCUCUGUUUACCUGUUUUGUUUUGUAUUAAUUUGUGGCCUCUGUCUUUGCCGAUGUGUGUAGCAUGUAAACACUUACACACACACACAUACUGUAUUAUGUGCACACAUACACACACACAUACACAGAGAGGUCCGUGUCUUCCAGGUGACCUUAGCACUUCCCUCUUAAAGUCAAUUACUCAAUUGUUAGACUUGCUGUCAUAUCAUUUAUUAUCACCAUUACGGAAACAGUGUUUGCAUGUUUUCUCUCUCUGUGUGUGUGUGUAUGUGCACGUGCACGUGUGCGCACAUAUUCACUCAAGGAUACAUGCGUGAAUGUGUGUUUGUUUGUGUGUGUGUGUGUGUGUUUGUGCACACACCAUGGACUGAUCACUCUAAAGAGAUUCAUUCUUUACCUUUUUCCGUUGAUAUUUCAUUUUGGUUUACUUUGUGUCAUUUUUGGUUUGUUUACAUGUGUGUGUGUGUGUGUGUGUGUGUGUAUGUGUGUGUGAGUCUGUGUGUGUGUAUGCAUGUGUCUGAUUUUCUCAUAUCUGCCCAGUGUGGCACUCGCAGCAUGUGUUGUGGUGUCGCCCUGUGGGUCUGUGGGAGUGAGCUUAUGAGUGGAUGACUUGAUACGUAGGUGGACGUCUGCUUGUCCUCCCCCCUGACCUCUCGUGACCUCUGGCGUGUAUGAGGAGCGCCCCCGCGCAUGGCACUGAGUCUCCUCCUCUGCAGGAGGAGCUCUGAACUCUCUGAACUCUCUCUUGCCCCGUAAGACUAAAGCUUCUUAUGCCACUGCUCCGUGGAGCUCUAUUUGAUCAGCACUCAGAUUUGAGACUGUUGGAAGCCCCCAUUUCUCUCAGCAGAAAAAACCCUUCAAUCUUAAAGAACAGAACACUCCGUAAGAGCGACUGGCUGUAAAAUCAGCCGAAUGGUACUCACUGUUAGCUUUUUCAUUUUUAAACAUAAUCGAUCUUUAAAAUGGCAUUAUUUGAAUUAUUCCCAUUGGCCAGUUCACGUGGCUUGAAACGGUAAAAGUGGUUGCAGUAAGACGACACUCUACAGGAAUGUCAGGAGAAAGGGCACGGGGGGAAAAACAUGAUGUCACAGUGACACAGCAGAGACGCAGAUCAAGUUUACGCCAGGAGCCAGGGAGGCAGGAUCCCUCUGACUUGGCUCAGCUGACAAGGUCCUGGAGGUCAAGUGAUAUCAGUUUGCGCAGUCUUUCAUUUCAGUCAUGGUCUUUCAUUUCAGUCCUGUAUGUUUUGUGGUUUUGAACAUCACUGUUGAACAUUUUUGGCACUUACAAGUAAAUACAAACCAUACAAAAUAGACAAAAUUACUUUGAGUGACCCUGGCUUUGAGUACGAGUAUGACACUCAUGUAGUAUUUGCCACUGACCACACUGACUUCAAUGGUGCCAUUUAGAACUAUGAUUUACAAAGCAAACAUGGCAGCGCCCAGUGUGUUUGUUUGAGUGACUGGCCCUGUACUUUACUAGAGAUGCUAACGCUACCGCUAAUGCACAGCUUCCUCCAAUCUAAUGAUACCUCUGUGCUUCAGGCAGCCCACCGCCCCCGUACAUCUCCACUGUGCGCAUGAGUGUGUGUGUCUGUGUGAAUGUCGAGUGUGUCUGUCAUAGUUUUUUUAUAGGAAAUGGAGGGAUGUGUUGAGGAGGUAGGAAGAGGAGAUGAUUGAGGAGUGCUCUCUAGGCUGGAGUGAUCCACGGGCUGGAGAAAUAAAAACCGUUUACACACA